UACGUGACAUUAUAUACAGUGAGUAGAAAAUGUCUACGUGGAGGAUGUUUGGCAAAGGUAGUAAAUCAAAAUUGAUCACUUCCUGGAACGAAUCUAAGUAGCCAAUCACAUUCUAUGUUUACAUCGCAGUGCAUUGUGGUAAAUGAAGUUUCCGUUCCGUUUCCCAGACCUAACAUGUCUUAGUGUACUGUGUCUCGUCACCGUGGGAUGGAGGAAACGUAAUUUCGAUUUCUUUGUGUCUUGGCAUGAAGGGAUUGACAAUAAAGCUGACUCCGAUAACUCCGACUCCGAUUUUACACAAGUUGCUUAUUCUAAGCAAAUCUCUUACGACCGCUAGAGGACAGCAGUACUUGCAGUCUAAAUGUAAUCUUAUGAACUUUAUGGGAAAAGAAGAAGACACGACGACUUGUGUUGUUCUCAUGCGGGCGGCUCCUUUUGUGUUUAAAUCUUUAAUUCGAGCAACAUGACGGCUUUCUGUUUCCAGACACAGCUCGUGUCCAUCAUGGACGCGUUGUGCAAAGCGACCGUGACAGAAAUCGGCAAACUGGUAGAGAUUGAGUCGAAGAUGCUGAAAAUCGAGAUCACCCGCGGCCGUAACGAAAUUGCAUCCCUCACCGAGAAGCUGAAUUUGAUGGAGACUUUGCUUCACAUGGCGCAGCGGGGCAGGCCGCAGGACGCCAGGGAAGGCUUAGAAAGCGUCCUGCUAGACCCUGAAAGGGCAAGACCUGCCUCCAAAAGUGAAUUUGCAUGGGAGAACAUCAGCUCCUCACCUGAGACGAGCACUUCCGUCCAAGAUGAGCAUCCUCCUCCAGCUGAGACACUUCAGUUACCAACUGAACUGGUGGUAAAAGAGGAGCCAGCAGAGGUGGACAUCAGAGAGGUCGAACAGGAAAGAACAAAUGAAAACAUCGUCCAUAAGAGUCUAGAGGUGAGCCAGCGCCACAAACCCGUCUCGGAACGCCAUCUUCCCGUGUACCUUGACUGCUUCGUGAGUCUCAACGCACCCUCGUGCCUCACGACCCCUGAAAGGAGGGAAGUGCAGUGGAACCCCCCACUGACGCAACCGCAUGCGAGCCACGAGGCCGACAGAAGCAUGCCUUGGAAUGCCACGCCUCAAAACCCGCUCAAGAGCGCCAAGAUGCACCACCUGAGGAGCACUGCCACCGCCAAGAGGUUCGGCUGUUUGCAGUGCGGUAAGAGCUUCCGCUGCUACAGCCAGCUGGAGAUCCACCAGAGGAGUCACACAGGAGAAAAGCCUUUCCGGUGCACAUUGUGCGGGAAGCGCUACGCUCAGAAGGGGCACUUGUACACACACCAGCGCACGCAUACCGGGGAGAAACCGUACCGCUGUCCUAUUUGCGGUAAGGGCUUCAUCCAGAAGUGCACCCUGGACAUGCACCAGCGCACGCACACGGGGGAAAAGCCUUUUGUGUGUGUCCACUGCGGCAAAGGCUUCACAAAGAACUGCAAUUUGAAAAAGCAUCUCUUGGUGCACCUUGAGUCCGAUAUGCAACUCUGCGGCAGUGGUGGCUUGACCCAAAGCGUGACGACAAUGAACAAAACCGCAUCCAACACUGUGAUGAUGUGCGAUACCACCAACAGAAGCUUCCGGAUGCAGCUCGCGGCCAUCCUGGAGAAGCUCACCAAGACUGCCCUGAUGGAGAUCGGAAACCUGGCGGACGAGUGCUCGUCGGUGCUACUCGGCGAGAUCUCCCUGCACAAGAGCGAGAACGAGGCCCUGAAGAAGAGAUGCUACUCCCUGGAGCUGCAGUUGAGGGCCGCCCGGGAGGCUCACUACUACCCGAGCCACGUCAACAACCUCGGCCGAAGGAAUCCCGAAGGUCAAGAUGUACAUAAAACUGACCACCAGCAGCAGCAGAUGGCCGCUCCUGCCAUUGACGGAGUCUUUGGCAAAGAUUGGUGCAUGGAUCUGUGGAGGGAAGACAAAAGAGCCUCCGCUCAAAGGAAGGAAGCAGCCGAGCCCGUUGCCAUGUCAAGCAUGGGAGCGCCGGUGUUCGAUAUAAUAGACACAGAACCCGACCUCAUCUUCAUCAAGGAGGAAGCUUACGACGAUCAUUCGUUCGGGCAGCAGAUGAGAUUGACUGAUAGCAGAAAAGAUGUGGAGACGCUGGACGGUGAGCUCCAUCGCUCCGUCAACGAGCUCCAGCUUCACUCGGAGGUUCUGAACAGCUUCCCGUUAAUGGCCGACAACCAGGCGCAGCGCUCGCAGCCCAACAUCAUGGACAAGCUGAUUGAGGACGCCGCAAUGAGCACGCUGCUGGACGCCCCGGGCCCUCCCUCGGCCCCCGACUACGUCGACUACACGGGCAAUAUCCACGGCGGUACCGGAAAACAACCGUCUCUCCUCCCUGCCAAGCCCAUCAGACCGAGCAAGCACUUCCAGUGUCUCUUUUGCGGCAAAGUGUUCAACUACCUGAGCAGCCUGAAAGUUCACGUGAGACGGCACUCGGGCGAGAAGCCCUUCAGCUGCACGGUAUGCGGCAAACGCUUCGCCCAGAAGACGUACCUGAAGCUGCAUCAGCGCGUGCACUCCGGCGAGAAGCCGUACAGCUGCCCCAACUGCGGACGUAGUUUCUCCCAGAAGAGCUCGCUUAAUAUCCACCUUCGGACGCACACGGGCGAGAAGCCGUACAGUUGCAUGGACUGCGGCAAAUGUUACGCCUAUAAGUAUGGCUUGAACCAUCACCAGUGUUUCACCCACAUGAAGCCCAUCUAAUGCGGUGUGUUCUUUUAUUCUCCUUCUAAAAAACCGUGGAGCCAAAUUUGUGAGUCAAAAAAAAGGGAGCGACUGCCUUUUGCUUCAAUUGUCAAUACGUCACAUGACCAUGAAAGGUGAUGCUCGUUACCUGAGAUUGAUAAAAGUAGGUGGAGCUUUCUACAUAUUUCAUAAAUAACCAGCAGGGAGCGCACUGAGUUUUUCUCCUUUGCCGUUUUUGUAACCGCACUUAAAAGUGUGCAUGCGAAAAAUCCACACGGGACGCAUAGUCGUCUUCGUCUCGGACCUUGCAGGUCCAGUUUAGUAUUUGUCCGUUUUAUGGCACUUAGUGUGAAUACCUCAUUGAAACGCUGACCUCAUCCGCAUCGCAUGCCGUUUCGUUUGCUGUGCAAUGUUUGAAAUACCUCCUUCAAGGCCGCAGUGGAUUAAAUAAUGUUUGUGCCCAUGUGUAGCACACGCCGUCAACUACCUCAUCACAACAGUAAAUGUAGACUUUUUCUUUUCUUUAAAAAAAAAAAAAAGAAGAAAACACAGUGUGUCCUUUAAUUUCAAUAACUCCUGUGACUGAAGUUAGGAUUUUUAAAAUAUGAGUGCUUGUUGUUUCCCCUUCCUGAAAUAAUUUAUAUCACAACAGUGUUGUUGAACAUGCUAAAAUAACUCAAAUACAGAUUUGUGCUUGC